CGGGGUAUGGGGGGGCAGGCCGGGCGCCGCCCGCUCGGCCCGGCGAGGACAAAGGCGCGGCCGGGGACGAGGAGGAGGAGGCGAGAGUGAAUCAUGGAGCUGCGUGUGGGGAAUAAGUACCGCCUGGGACGGAAGAUCGGGAGUGGCUCCUUUGGCGACAUCUACCUGGGUGCCAACAUUGCCUCUGGGGAAGAAGUUGCCAUCAAACUUGAGUGUGUGAAAACAAAGCACCCCCAGCUUCACAUCGAGAGCAAGUUCUACAAGAUGAUGCAAGGAGGAGUGGGAAUCCCAUCCAUCAAGUGGUGUGGCGCUGAGGGUGACUAUAACGUCAUGGUCAUGGAGCUGUUGGGGCCCAGUCUCGAGGACCUCUUCAACUUCUGCUCCCGCAAAUUCAGCCUCAAGACGGUGCUGCUCCUGGCCGACCAGAUGAUCAGCCGCAUCGAGUACAUCCACUCGAAGAACUUCAUCCACCGGGACGUCAAGCCCGACAACUUCCUCAUGGGCCUGGGGAAGAAGGGCAACCUGGUCUACAUCAUCGACUUCGGCCUGGCCAAGAAGUACCGGGACGCCCGCACCCACCAGCACAUCCCCUACCGGGAAAACAAGAAUUUGACUGGCACUGCCCGCUACGCCUCCAUCAACACCCAUCUGGGCAUUGAGCAAAGCCGUCGCGAUGACCUGGAGAGCCUGGGCUACGUGCUCAUGUACUUCAACCUGGGCUCCCUGCCCUGGCAGGGCCUCAAGGCUGCCACCAAGCGCCAGAAGUACGAGCGGAUCAGCGAGAAGAAAAUGUCGACACCCAUCGAGGUCCUCUGCAAAGGCUACCCCUCUGAGUUCUCCACAUACCUCAACUUCUGCCGUUCCCUGCGCUUUGACGACAAGCCUGACUACUCCUACCUGCGCCAGCUCUUCCGCAACCUCUUCCACCGCCAGGGCUUCUCCUACGACUACGUGUUCGACUGGAACAUGCUCAAAUUCGGGGCUUCUUCGAGCCAGGCUCAGCCCCGUGACAGCGAAGCUCUGGCACUGCCCUGCCCCCGCCCCUGCCCCUGUGCCGGGACCACGUACCCAUCCUCAUACUGGUGCCCGUUGCCCUUGGGCACCCAGGGCCCUCCAGAUAGGCCCAUGGAGGAGGUGGACGAGUUGCCCCCCCAGAACUACUGGCCUGUGGUCUGGACUCCAGGGCCCCAGUUCUGAUGUCACCACGUGCACCUGAGCCAUCAGGGCCAGGCUGGAGGAGGCGUCCCUGGCGUGGUGUGGGGUACAGAGGCGGGUGUGGCGGAGAAGAGCCCCCCGGGAUUCUCCAGGAUAAAGUGCAACUGCCGAGGAGCAGCACCUGCGGGAGGGUGGGUGUUGCUGCCCUGCACCCCACUGGGCCCAGGUGGCAGCCUCUUCGUUGACCCUGGACUUGUUGAACACUGCCCCGCGCUUCCUCCUGUUAACCUCCCUUUCAAGGCCUGCUCUCUGGACACUGGGGUCCUGUUGGCCUUGCACCCCACCCACCUCUCUGGGUCUUACAGCAGCCCGGUCCUCCUCCAGGGAGAGGGAUGGAAGGCAGGCAGAGAACAGGGUUCCACGGACCAAGGGACACCAGGGCGUGGGUGGGAGAUGGACAGGGGGGCACCUUUUACCUCAGACCUGGCUGGGGUGGCCGCCGAGGUCCCAGGCCUGCAGGGCACAUGGGUCAUGACUUCUGGCACUGGCUCGUCUGUAGAAGCUCGUCCCUGCCCGAGAUGGGUUCAGCUCCGCUGCAAGGAUGGUUUUGCAUCGUUGGGGCCUGUGCAUCCACUGUGGCGGCCUCUGGCUACCUGCGGCUGAUUUUUCAUAGAAUUAAAUCAAUCAAAGCGAGAUACGUAGUUCCAUUGGCACAUUCGCCACUUUCCAAGUUCUCGGCGACCACUGGGGGCUGAGCACUGCACACCACAUCCGGCAAGUCAGGUGCGAGUAUUUCCAUCGUCACGGAAAGUUCUGCAGGAUGGUGCUGCUGGAGACGGCUCCCCGUGACCGCUCGUGGGACUGUCCCACCAAGAUCCCGUCCCCAGCCAGAGCAGAGGCCCUCCCCACUGUGUUGGCAGUGACCCCUUCCUGGGUCCUUCAUGGGCAGGCCCUGGAGUCACGCUGGAGAGAUGCCAACACCUAACCCUGUACCAACCUCAACGUGAGCGCCACUGCCCCGGACAGGUGGCACCGUGGCCCUGAGCGGCGUGGCCAGGCCCCCUCCAGCUGCCUGGCGGGGCAUCUGCGGGCGCACCGCUGGAUCUUCUCGCCGGUUCUUCCCAAGACCAGGCCCCGCCCACCCCACCCACCUGCGGGGGCCUUCGCCUGCACCCACCUCCAGACUGGAAACCACCCUGGUGCCUCAACUGAAAACGUCCCUCCUCAAGAGUGGCCGCCCAGGCCGUUCGCGGCUAGGCCCGCACCCCAGACACCGGAGCUGGAGACACGCUGUCGGCACACAGCCGCCGUGUCCCAGCCAGCUGGCCAGGAGGGAACAGCAGCCGGGGCGGCCCCUGCGACACAGGUGGACGCUUGUGUGACUUUGAUGUGGGCUUUGUUUUCUUGUGUGCAAAUAAAGCCAAGAAACCUCCCUGGCGUGUGUCUCUCCAGGCGUCACUUGGGUCAGAUGCAAUGGGGACGGUGCUUACCUCUCCCCUGGUGUUGGCCUGAGCCUGUGGGGUCCAAAGGACCGUUCCAGACCCCUGCUCAGCCACCAGCUCCAGGGCUGUGCUCCUGAGGGAACCGCUGGGCUCCAGCAAGCCUCGGUGUCCCCACGCAAGGCGCGGCUUCUCCCCUGCCUGGCGGGCUGGCGUGGUCUGCCCAAGGCGUGCGUGGGGUUGGGCCUCGGCGCUCAGGUUAUGCCCAGGCUCUGGCUGCUGGUGGUCGGCCAGCCUGGGGCUGCCAGUGGGCAAGCCCUGGGUGAGGACUGGAGGUCGGGAGGUGGGGCCGUGGUGCACCCAAGCCUGCCUUGAGAGCGGGGACUAAGGUGUGAUCCCGAAUGUUCUGCUAAGUUCUCUGGGCGAGCAGGAAGCAGAACUGGGCGGCAUAGCCUCCCUAAGAGCAUGCUCUGCGCUGAGAUGUGUGAGCCCAGACAGGCCCUGACGUCUCCCUGGGCCUUGGUUCCUCACUAGGAUUUGGGGGCCAUUCUGGGCCCUUCCUUUCCCCGAGGACAACAGCCUUUUAGGCCUGUUCCCUGGGAGAGACCCAGGGUUGUAGGAGCCUGUACCUGUAGCCCAUGAGUGGACACAACUCAGCCCGCAGCUCUCUCCUCCACAGAUGCGGCCCCCCUCAUGCCAGCCCCCCGCCCUUCCCUGUGGACGACCCCAGGACCAACUAGGUAACACGGCCCGGCACUGCUCCCACAUGCUCCUCUCUCUGGGCGCCUUUCCUUCCCGCCUGCACUGGGGUUGGCAGUGGCUGAGGGCAGGACUCGCAUCCCUUUUGCUCCAGCCUGUCUGCUGGGCCUUUCUUCCGUGGGCAUCUGGCUCUCCCUGAGCUCUUACCCUGAGGCAGGGUCCCCGGGCCGCCUGGUAGAGUCCCCACAGUGCUUUCCAGCAGCUGUUGUCAGGGAUGGGGGAGAAUGACCCUUUGGAACCUGGCCCUGGUGGCCCAUCAGCUGGCCUUCCUACCUCCUCUGCUGGCCUCUGAGUGCUGCCCUGCUCUGUUUGGGCACCAGCAGGAACCAAGGGCUCUUUGGACCUGGCGGAGCCAGGUUGAGAGGGUCCAGAGAUGACGAGAGGGCCCUGGUCCUCUGGGGCCCUUCCAGGCUUGGACUCCAUCCCAGGAGACCAGGGCAGAGUGACGCCUUCCGGGUGACUGUGUGGCCGUUUCUUUGCUGUGUGGUCAUGGGUCAUUUCCAGGCCUCUCUGCUGUGUGGUCAUGGGUCAUUUCCAGGCCUCUCUGCUGUGUGGUCAUGGGUCAUUUCCAGGCCUCUCUGCUGUGUGGUCAUGGGUCAUUUCCAGGCCUCUCUGCUGUGUGGUCAUGGGUCAUUUCCAGGCCUCUGCUGUGUGACAUGGAUCAUUUCUAGCCUUACAGACCUUUCUGUGCUGUGUGGUCAUGGGUCAUUUCCAGACCUCUCGGGCUCCCGGCUUUGUGGGAAGAUUGGACCAGAGGGCUUCUGAGGUUCCACUUUCCCAAGAUGCCUACCUGGCCUCCCUGCUCCUGCUCAGUCCUGCAAGAGGGACAGAUCCUGGAGUCCCCGCCCCCUGGACUGACCAGCACUCAUG